AUGGAAGUGCUUACUCUCUAUGAGCGAGCCGGGGCAGCAUUGGGUAAGACAUCUCCAUGGGCACUGGCGCGCGUUAUUUUGGCUGUGCCGGGCCACCCCUUGUUUCAGCAGGCCGUCCAGAGGCAGAGUCGUGGAGGGGUUGCACUCACGUCUCGUGACCGCGAGGAAGCCUGUUCUUCGGCUCCUCCCUCCCCACAGCCCAUUUUUCUGCUGCUCCUCCUCCUCCUCCUCCUCCUCCUCCUCCUCCUCCUCCUCCCUUGCCUCCUCAUGACCGCGAGAAAGCUUUUUGGGGGGUUGCCUGUGUUUGUUGUUUCUUGCUGUCUCAGCCGAUAUUUUUUGGACAUCGACAGUUUAGUCGAUGGUGGGCCUUGCGCGAGGGGGACCCUCGCCGAGGCGUGGUACAUAGAGGGGGCAGCAAGCAGCAGGAGGAGCGUGUAG